AUGUCCCAGCAAAACAUCAAACUGGAACCUGAAGAGCCUGCAACAAUGACUGACCUUAGCGGGUCUAGCUUGCAGGACCAUGUGUCGCAAUCCCAUGUUGAAGCAACAUUGGAGUCGACACAGCUUUCCUCGGAGGCCAUAUCACAUUUCGCGCAAUUUCCCGCAAAUCAAUUCAUGACAGAAGAUUUGCUCAACCAACAACCACAGGCCUCGAACUCUGCUAGAGUUGUACAAUCUAAAUCUUCAUAUCCAUUGCAACCUCUUGACAGCGAUGAUGCAGUGUCUGCUGCGACAGCAUCAGCCACCACGCCCGGACAGGUUUCCCAGGCUCAAUGGAGCGCGCAGACGCUGAAUCACUUUGUUCCACAAUUCUAUGAUGAGGAGUUGGACCGUGUAAGCUCGGGGGCGUCCGUAAUCGAAGAGGGUGCAAUUCUGGGCGAGUCUGGACGGACCUACCACAGCUACAAAGACGGCGUGAGUAGCUACCUAUUGCCAAAUGACCCGGCAGAGCAGGAUCGACUGGACUUUCAACACGCCAUGAUGACCUUGUUGUGGGACGGACGCCUGGUAUUAGCACCACUGCCUCGUGCACCUCGUCUCGUGCUUGAUGUGGCUACAGGUACCGGUAUUUGGGCACUAGAAUAUGCUAGGGCCAAUCCGACGUCUUUUGUAGUUGGAACCGACCUUAGCAAGAUCCAGCCUGUUCCGGAUGUUCCAAACUGCUUGUUUGAAAAGAUGGAUUGUGAGGAAGACUGGCUGUGGACCUACAAGUUUGAUUAUAUCCAUAUCCGCAUGAUUGUCACCGCCAUCAAGGACCCAAAACGUCUUAUUCAGCAAGCGUUUCAGUAUCUCAACCCAGGUGGUUGGCUGGAGAUACAGGAUGCCGAUAUGGACUUACUCAGUGAAGAAGGCCCAGAGAAAGACGAUAGGGUAGCGACUUCCUAUUUAAAGAGGUGGUUUGAAUACAGCGCCAUUGGCGCCUCGAUGAACGGCAUAGAUCUUCAUAAAGCUAAGAAUUACCAAACAUGGAUUACUGAGGCCGGCUUUUCAGAAGUGCGGGAAGAGAAAUUCAAAGUGCCUUGCACUGCCUGGCCAAGAGACCGGAAGCAGAAACGUGUAGGACGGUGGAUGUCGGCCAAUUAUCUAUCCGGGCUCCGUGGUGUCAGCUAUAAAAUGCUGCGAAGUGCAGGAAUGGCAGCGGAGGAUAUUGAGAGUUUCAUUGGUGCCACGAGAGACGAAGUGAAGACUGGAGACAUUCGAGGAUACACCCCCUGGUAUGCAGUCUAUGGCAGGAAACCAUUCCACUAG